AUACAUAGGUAAACGCGCUGCUAAAACAUAAUAUUAUCACCGAAUGAGGCAUUCGAACUCUGUAAGUACGGCGUACUUCAAUAAAAAUAUUAUUUGGUUGUGCAGUUUUUUUUAUAUUCAUUUUAUCAUCCAGUGUUUUAGCUUCGAUCCGGAGCUGAGAAGCAUUUUGAAGGGAUUUUUUGUUAAGUUUUCGAUUCACUCGAACACGGCAACACGGUUGAAAACUCGCUUUUAUUACACACAAAAAAAUGAUUUUUCACAAAUUAUUCAUUUUGAUUUUAAUCACAGCUCGUAAUGCUUAUCAGCGUGAACUACAAAAUAACCGGGAAUCAUCAAAUCAACUGAAUACCCGACAUUACAUUACUAAGUCGUACUAUUCCGGGCCUAGCCACAACAAUAACGACGUGGUUAAAGAUCCAAACGAUGAUAUUUUGGCGGAUGCGGUGGAGCAAUUGUGGAAAAGUGGGCUGAUAAAUUUAAGGACUAAAAUAGCGUUCAACGGUAAUCAAAAUAAUCAACGUGAUAGCGAUGAGUUUGCUAUAACCACCAUUUGUUACUCAAAUGGAACUUGUAGAAUACGCCAAGCUUCUUGUAGUUGCGAUACGCAGGCCAAAUCCCAAAAAGAAUGUAACGAUUUGAAUUCUGGAUUAAACAAAAAAAACGUAACUAAUAAAACGGAAAAUUCCCAAAGUAGUAAAAAAAAUACCAGUAAAAAUCCAUCUAAAACUCAACCUACUAAAAAGCCAACACAGGCAGUAAAACCAGCUGGCGGUCUAUCGAACUCUGAUGUUAUAAAUUUCAGAAAGCAACUUCUAGACCAAACAAACGUGUACAGGAAACAACACAGAGUGAACAAAUUGACAAUUAACGAAAAAAUGAAUAUUUAUGCCCAGGAUUGGGCAAAUCAUUUAGCAAAAUCCUCAAAGCUGGUACAUAGAAAGGAAGGAAAAUAUGGAGAAAAUCUUUUUGCAAGCUCAAAAAAAGCAAACUUGGGAAAGGAAGCUGCUACUAGCUGGUAUAAUGAAAUUUUAAAUAAUGGAGGUUAUAAUUUUAAAGCAGACGAAAAGACAAUAGCGUCACAUUUUACAACGUAUGGACAUAUGACACAAUUACUUUGGAAAAAUUCAAAAGAGAUGGGUGUGGGUAUUUCGAAGAGUCCUAAGGGCAUGUAUAUUGUUGUGGCGAAUUAUAGCCCUCCAGGAAACGUACGAGGACUGUUCAAGGACAAUGUUUUGCCCAAAGGGAAGCCUUAACCUUAGUGUACCUGAUGCAUAAUGAUAUCAUAAGCCUAAAAGUCAUAAUUUAUUCAAAGCAUAUAGCAAAUAUUUAUAAUUGUAUUUAUAUACUUCAUAUAAAAUAUUUUUACAUGUAUUUAUCAAUUGAUAAUUAAAUAUUAUAAAAUUGUUAUAUAAAUGUAUAGAGUAUAUAUAGAAGUAUAUAUAGAGAGCCAGUUGUCUUAUCGAAGUAUUGAAAUUUAUUAAUUUUAAUCAUUAUACUUUGUAAGUUUAUCAAUCUCAACUACAAGAAUUACUCAAAAGUGAGAGAGAAACUUCCAUCCGCAUCUGAGGAUUUUGAUUUGUUAAGCUUACGCACGGCUAUACAAUUUUUCAACUUUAAAGUUUUAUAGGUUUAUCCAUAACAAAUUAAAACAAGUCUAAUUUUAUAUUAUGUUAUCCUACUUACAUACAUAUUUCUUAAGUGCAUAUUAUAUUCGUGAAGUCAACUGCAUAUUUUACAUUUCCUAUUGCACAAGCAGUGUCCUACUGCAUCUUAAAAUAAAUCCUGGUGUACACUGUGAUCAUUUGGAGACCUGUCAUUAUUAUCAAUAUCAUGGUGGUUUUGUAAUUCUAGUGUUUACUUUCGAUAACCUGUCGGAUUCAUUUCCGUA